AUGUUGCGCGACUCGUGUUUCCGAAACACUGGGGACGCCCGGAGGCCCCAUGCCGCCUUCGACCGGGAAGGGGGCGGUCGAGAGACGAGGGCCCGUGGGGACACUGGGCCUCCGGCAGCGCCGGAGGUGCCGCAGGCCGAAGGCUUGCAGGCCACAAGCGAACAGCCUGUGCAGGAAGGCCAGGCCCGACCCGAGAGGCAGGUGGGCGGCCCCAGCGAGAUAUCGGUGCCGCUGGUGCAUGACAUAAUGGCGGUGGAGGCGCUGUGGGGCCUGGUGGAGGAGGAGGUUGAGGAGGAACAGAAGCCGAGUGAGCAGGAAGGCCGAUGGGUGGAAGAAGCCCAGGAGCUGCAGGUGAAGCAGCAGAAGAAGGAGCGGGUAGAGUCAGGCCUCCGUCCUUGCCCUUCCCCACUGGAGGCUCUGGAGGCCCUUCAGAUAGAGCUACAGCCGGUGAAUAAACAAGCCAGCCGGGAGCACGCUCCACUCCAACUCAGGAUGUGGCAGAGGCGGCAGCGUCAUCUGGAACAGAGAAGUGCCCUUAUCCAGGGCAUCCGUGGUUUCUGGGCCAAGGCUUUUGUGAACCACCCUCAGAUGUCAGCCCUGAUUAGUAAGCCCGAUGAAAGCAUGCUUCGCCACAGGACCAAUUUGAAGGUGGAGGAACACAAGUUUCCCAGGGAAUGCCGGAAGAUCCUGCUGUUUUUUGUCAAGAACUCCUACUUCCAGAAUGAAGUCGUUACGAAGGAGUAUGUCCUAGGCCUUGCUGGGUAUAGGGCGUCUCAUUCCAGUCCCAUCCAGUGGCACCCAAGGUACAGACAGGAGGCCUACAGACGCAGGCAUGACAACAGCAGCCUCAACUUCUUCAACUGGUUCUCUGACCACAGCUUUGCCGGCUCUAGCAGGAUUGCUGAGAUAAUCAUAGAGGAUCUUUGGCCCAAUCCCCUGCCGUAUUUCAAGAUGAAGGAGGCCCCAGGAGAGAGAACUGAGAGGGAAAGAGGGAUAUGCACGAUCUUGAGAAGAGUAUGAAGGAGCAUCGCACUUCAUCGACCCCAGUGGAAACCCUUCCGAUGCUCACCGAUGGUCCACAAGAUUCUCCUGCCCACGAAAUGAGGACAAGGGUGGUGGUGACACGUGGCGCAGGGCGGGGGUCCAAUACAUUUGAAGAAAUAUAGAAUGGG